AUGAAUAUUUUGUAUGCGCAGAGACCAUCUUCACUCCACUCAACUCAAAUGCGUUAUUUGGGCAUUUUUGUUCUGCUCAGUUGCACUAUUUCUUGGCUGCAAGCUUGCAGUACAUCAUCUACUGAGGAUUCACAAAGUGUACUUGGUUUGAAAGGAGAGCGGGGUGCAAGUGGAGCAACAGGGCUACAAGGUGCUCCAGGUCAGCAAGGUCCUCCGGGUCCACCCGGUGCAAAAGGUGAAGUAGGUCCUGAAGGUGAGCAAGGAAUAGCAGGGUUAGUUGGAGCAGCGGGCCUGAAAGGUGAUAUAGGCCCACAAGGUGCUAGAGGAGCUCCAGGUGAAGCAGGCCCAGCAGGUGAUAAGGGAGCUCAAGGUCUACCAGGCCCACGAGGUGAGACAGAAUAUGGAGGCGAACCGGGUCCACCAGGUGACAAAGGCAGUACAGGAUUGACAGGUGAAACUGGCCUAAAAGGUGAGAAGGGAGCUACAGGUGCGCAAGGCAAGCAAGGUGAGGUAGGAGAAAAGGGUGUGCCAGGCUUACCAGGCGUAAAAGGCGAAACAGGCGCAGAUGGUCCAAUGACAAAGGGAUAA